AAAGCAUUAAGAUUACAAAGGAUAUAGCAUUAAGACACGAACAUAGCCAAGCAGAAAUGUAAAAUAUUUUACUGUUUUCCCUCUUCUUUUCCAAUUCAAAGUGAACAAGCGUUAUAAUGAAGAUAACUACAAUCAUUGCUCAGAUUGUAGCCCUCCUCUUCAACUACAACUUUGAAAUAUCUUCGCCGUCAACCUGGGAUGGUUGCGAAAGACGUGCUGACGGGAAAGUGAGGUACCUAGACAUGGUUAGGAAAUCCGUUGGUCAUAAUUUCUUUAUACCACCAGAAAUGGUUCCACCACCAGAAUGUGACCCACCCAAGAAUGUUGGUAUAAUACAUUGCUCGAAAUUUAAUUCCUCUGCCAGAAAACUUCAAGAGGUUGCAAACUGUCCUUGGUACACCAGAAUUACCCAUGAUCCAACAAUUUUCCCUCCUUAUCGUCGUGAAGCUGUGUGUAGCUGUAAAAAAUGUCGGAACUCUUCGUCAAAUUUCCAAUGUGUGGAAGUAUUCUCUAACAUCACUGUUCUCUCUCGUACAAAUGUAUGUAUCGAUGGACUAUAUAUGUACAGCCCGAGUGUGGUUCGCGUACCAACAGCCUGUACGUGUGUAUUAGCAACGAACGCGAUCGCUCCACGUAAAGGUUAUGCGACUUGAUCGAUCCACAUGAUGGUUAUGAGUCAACAAAUGACGAAGUAAUAAACUGCACAUAAUGCAAAUAUUUUUAUGUUUGUGUGUGUGUACGUGCGUACGUGUAUAUGUAUGUACGCGUGUGUGAGUGUGUGCGUGUGUCUGAGUGUGUACUUUGUACUAUUAUUUAAACCAGUGAUUCCCAAAGUGGUCCCUGGGGCCCACCGGUGGUCCCCAGAGAAUUUCUAGUGGUGCCCAGAGAAUUCGUAGCCAUAAAAAAAAUUCAAGCCAUUUCAGAUCUACACAGUAUUUUUCGAUAAUAAAGAUACUGUUAGUUAAUGAUAAUUCAUAUGAAGACAGAAUAAUAAGAAAACAAAAUUCAAUGAUUAUUCCAUGAGAAUCAAUAAUGUAUAAUAUAUAAUCAAUAUUAUAUUACAAGCAAGAAUUACAUACUUUAAAUUUUACAAUCACCACCGUUUCAUAAUAAAUUUGAUAUUUUUAAUAGAUCACUACACAAUAUUGUUUAAUAAUAAAU